AUGUUCGAGAAAAUCAUCUUCGGAAUCGCUAUCCUUCAGCUGGCACUGGCAGCACAAACAACGGGAAAGAAUCCGGCUGUGACCUGUGCUGAAGAUAAAACAAGAAACAGAACAUAUAAGACGCAGUGCACGCAGGCCUCUCCCUCCAACUGCCAGGUCGAUCACUGCACCCGAUGUGCCGCUGGAAACCCCGCAGUGUGCGACGAGUGCGAGCCGGGGUACACUGCUAACCCCGAGAAGACGCAGUGCACGCAGGCCUCUCCCUCCAACUGCCAGGUCGAUCACUGCACCCGAUGUGCCGCUGGAAACCCCGCAGUGUGCGACGAGUGCGAGCCGGGGUACACUGCUAACCCCGAGAAGACGCAGUGCACGCAGGCCUCUCCCUCCAACUGCCAGGUCGAUCACUGCACCCGAUGUGCCGCUGGAAACCCCGCAGUGUGCGACGAGUGCGAGCCGGGGUACACUGCUAACCCCGAGAAGACGCAGUGCACGCAGGCCUCUCCCUCCAACUGCCAGGUCGAUCACUGCACCCGAUGUGCCGCUGGAAACCCCGCAGUGUGCGACGAGUGCGAGCCGGGGUACACUGCUAACCCCGAGAAGACGCAGUGCACGCAGGCCUCUCCCUCCAACUGCCAGGUCGAUCACUGCACCCGAUGUGCCGCUGGAAACCCCGCAGUGUGCGACGAGUGCGAGCCGGGGUACACUGCUAACCCCGAGAAGACGCAGUGCACGCAGGCCUCUCCCUCCAACUGCCAGGUCGAUCACUGCACCCGAUGUGCCGCUGGAAACCCCGCAGUGUGCGACGAGUGCGAGCCGGGGUACACUGCUAACCCCGAGAAGACGCAGUGCACGCAGGCCUCUCCCUCCAACUGCCAGGUCGAUCACUGCACCCGAUGUGCCGCUGGAAACCCCGCAGUGUGCGACGAGUGCGAGCCGGGGUACACUGCUAACCCCGAGAAGACGCAGUGCACGCAGGCCUCUCCCUCCAACUGCCAGGUCGAUCACUGCACCCGAUGUGCCGCUGGAAACCCCGCAGUGUGCGACGAGUGCGAGCCGGGGUACACUGCUAACCCCGAGAAGACGCAGUGCACGCAGGCCUCUCCCUCCAACUGCCAGGUCGAUCACUGCACCCGAUGUGCCGCUGGAAACCCCGCAGUGUGCGACGAGUGCGAGCCGGGGUACACUGCUAACCCCGAGAAGACGCAGUGCACGCAGGCCUCUCCCUCCAACUGCCAGGUCGAUCACUGCACCCGAUGUGCCGCUGGAAACCCCGCAGUGUGCGACGAGUGCGAGCCGGGGUACACUGCUAACCCCGAGAAGACGCAGUGCACGCAGGCCUCUCCCUCCAACUGCCAGGUCGAUCACUGCACCCGAUGUGCCGCUGGAAACCCCGCAGUGUGCGACGAGUGCGAGCCGGGGUACACUGCUAACCCCGAGAAGACGCAGUGCACGCAGGCCUCUCCCUCCAACUGCCAGGUCGAUCACUGCACCCGAUGUGCCGCUGGAAACCCCGCAGUGUGCGACGAGUGCGAGCCGGGGUACACUGCUAACCCCGAGAAGACGCAGUGCACGCAGGCCUCUCCCUCCAACUGCCAGGUCGAUCACUGCACCCGAUGUGCCGCUGGAAACCCCGCAGUGUGCGACGAGUGCGAGCCGGGGUACACUGCUAACCCCGAGAAGACGCAGUGCACGCAGGCCUCUCCCUCCAACUGCCAGGUCGAUCACUGCACCCGAUGUGCCGCUGGAAACCCCGCAGUGUGCGACGAGUGCGAGCCGGGGUACACUGCUAACCCCGAGAAGACGCAGUGCACGCAGGCCUCUCCCUCCAACUGCCAGGUCGAUCACUGCACCCGAUGUGCCGCUGGAAACCCCGCAGUGUGCGACGAGUGCGAGCCGGGGUACACUGCUAACCCCGAGAAGACGCAGUGCACGCAGGCCUCUCCCUCCAACUGCCAGGUCGAUCACUGCACCCGAUGUGCCGCUGGAAACCCCGCAGUGUGCGACGAGUGCGAGCCGGGGUACACUGCUAACCCCGAGAAGACGCAGUGCACGCAGGCCUCUCCCUCCAACUGCCAGGUCGAUCACUGCACCCGAUGUGCCGCUGGAAACCCCGCAGUGUGCGACGAGUGCGAGCCGGGGUACACUGCUAACCCCGAGAAGACGCAGUGCACGCAGGCCUCUCCCUCCAACUGCCAGGUCGAUCACUGCACCCGAUGUGCCGCUGGAAACCCCGCAGUGUGCGACGAGUGCGAGCCGGGGUACACUGCUAACCCCGAGAAGACGCAGUGCACGCAGGCCUCUCCCUCCAACUGCCAGGUCGAUCACUGCACCCGAUGUGCCGCUGGAAACCCCGCAGUGUGCGACGAGUGCGAGCCGGGGUACACUGCUAACCCCGAGAAGACGCAGUGCACGCAGGCCUCUCCCUCCAACUGCCAGGUCGAUCACUGCACCCGAUGUGCCGCUGGAAACCCCGCAGUGUGCGACGAGUGCGAGCCGGGGUACACUGCUAACCCCGAGAAGACGCAGUGCACGCAGGCCUCUCCCUCCAACUGCCAGGUCGAUCACUGCACCCGAUGUGCCGCUGGAAACCCCGCAGUGUGCGACGAGUGCGAGCCGGGGUACACUGCUAACCCCGAGAAGACGCAGUGCACGCAGGCCUCUCCCUCCAACUGCCAGGUCGAUCACUGCACCCGAUGUGCCGCUGGAAACCCCGCAGUGUGCGACGAGUGCGAGCCGGGGUACACUGCUAACCCCGAGAAGACGCAGUGCACGCAGGCCUCUCCCUCCAACUGCCAGGUCGAUCACUGCACCCGAUGUGCCGCUGGAAACCCCGCAGUGUGCGACGAGUGCGAGCCGGGGUACACUGCUAACCCCGAGAAGACGCAGUGCACGCAGGCCUCUCCCUCCAACUGCCAGGUCGAUCACUGCACCCGAUGUGCCGCUGGAAACCCCGCAGUGUGCGACGAGUGCGAGCCGGGGUACACUGCUAACCCCGAGAAGACGCAGUGCACGCAGGCCUCUCCCUCCAACUGCCAGGUCGAUCACUGCACCCGAUGUGCCGCUGGAAACCCCGCAGUGUGCGACGAGUGCGAGCCGGGGUACACUGCUAACCCCGAGAAGACGCAGUGCACGCAGGCCUCUCCCUCCAACUGCCAGGUCGAUCACUGCACCCGAUGUGCCGCUGGAAACCCCGCAGUGUGCGACGAGUGCGAGCCGGGGUACACUGCUAACCCCGAGAAGACGCAGUGCACGCAGGCCUCUCCCUCCAACUGCCAGGUCGAUCACUGCACCCGAUGUGCCGCUGGAAACCCCGCAGUGUGCGACGAGUGCGAGCCGGGGUACACUGCUAACCCCGAGAAGACGCAGUGCACGCAGGCCUCUCCCUCCAACUGCCAGGUCGAUCACUGCACCCGAUGUGCCGCUGGAAACCCCGCAGUGUGCGACGAGUGCGAGCCGGGGUACACUGCUAACCCCGAGAAGACGCAGUGCACGCAGGCCUCUCCCUCCAACUGCCAGGUCGAUCACUGCACCCGAUGUGCCGCUGGAAACCCCGCAGUGUGCGACGAGUGCGAGCCGGGGUACACUGCUAACCCCGAGAAGACGCAGUGCACGCAGGCCUCUCCCUCCAACUGCCAGGUCGAUCACUGCACCCGAUGUGCCGCUGGAAACCCCGCAGUGUGCGACGAGUGCGAGCCGGGGUACACUGCUAACCCCGAGAAGACGCAGUGCACGCAGGCCUCUCCCUCCAACUGCCAGGUCGAUCACUGCACCCGAUGUGCCGCUGGAAACCCCGCAGUGUGCGACGAGUGCGAGCCGGGGUACACUGCUAACCCCGAGAAGACGCAGUGCACGCAGGCCUCUCCCUCCAACUGCCAGGUCGAUCACUGCACCCGAUGUGCCGCUGGAAACCCCGCAGUGUGCGACGAGUGCGAGCCGGGGUACACUGCUAACCCCGAGAAGACGCAGUGCACGCAGGCCUCUCCCUCCAACUGCCAGGUCGAUCACUGCACCCGAUGUGCCGCUGGAAACCCCGCAGUGUGCGACGAGUGCGAGCCGGGGUACACUGCUAACCCCGAGAAGACGCAGUGCACGCAGGCCUCUCCCUCCAACUGCCAGGUCGAUCACUGCACCCGAUGUGCCGCUGGAAACCCCGCAGUGUGCGACGAGUGCGAGCCGGGGUACACUGCUAACCCCGAGAAGACGCAGUGCACGCAGGCCUCUCCCUCCAACUGCCAGGUCGAUCACUGCACCCGAUGUGCCGCUGGAAACCCCGCAGUGUGCGACGAGUGCGAGCCGGGGUACACUGCUAACCCCGAGAAGACGCAGUGCAUAUCUUCUAAUACCAACAAGAGUAGCGGCCUUUCUACCGGCGCUAUCGCAGGCAUCGCUGUGGCUGCUGUCAUCGUUGUAGGAGGCCUUGUGGGCUUCCUCUGCUGGUGGUUCCUUUGCCGCGGGAAGGCGUAG